CUGGUCUCCAGGGGAGGGGGCACAGGCUAGCGAGAAAGCAGCCCGCGGUUGGGUCGGGGCCUGCCCGCCGGUCUGUGCCUCUGUUCUGCGUGGUGUCUGUGUUUUCGGCGGCCGCCCGCCCCGACCGACCGACGCGCGAGCUUGUUGUUCAUCUUCGGAACGCCCCUGCUCCACCACGCGCUGCCCAUGCAGGCCCCUCUACGUAUGCCAUGAUCCACCGGCGUCCAUGUUCUGCCUCGGAUGCUUCGGCUGUGGGAGCGAGCAGCAGCAACAACAGCAGCAGCAGCAGCAGCAGCAGAAUCAACCGCAGCAGAACGGAGAGUCUCACGGUGCCACAGCAUGGGAACAGUGCACCAGCAGACAGCCGGCGGUUGGGCCCAUCCCACUCAAGAGCUUCGCGACCAAGGAUGUGCCAGAGAAAAAGCUGCCAGUCGCUCCGGUGGUCCAAGCACCUCCACCUGGCUCCGGGCAGAUGCCACAGCUGCCAAAAGGAAAGCCUGAGAUCAAGAGCGAGUCCGACUCCAAGCGAGGCUCCAAGCGCGACCCCAAGAACAAGGGCAAGUCGUCGGCCAGCAGCGGCAACAGCGUCAACAUUGGCAACCUCGGCAGCAGCAACGCUAGCGGCAUCGCCAAGCCCGAGGCCUCGUCUUCCAGCAAGCCCGUGGACGCUGCGGCGGGUCAGCCGGAGGUGAAGAAGCCGGAAGUGACAGCGACGACUUCCGCUGCGGAGGCGCCACCGGCGGAACCGGAAGUGCUCUUCCCCACCUGCAGCACGGGAGCGGUGCCCAAGCGCAUCGUCGUUCACGCCACCUCCUCGCCGUCGUCUUCGUCGUCGGCCAAGCGAGGCACCGCUCACGGUGACUCCCUGAGCGGUUCCAAGAGCAAGGCCCGUUGGGCGUCGUCGGGCCGCAUCCAGCGGCAGGCGUCGGUGUGCAUACCGUGGUACGAGGAGGACCAGUGGUACCAGGAACCGCAGUGCAGCUACUGGCCCAGCCCGCCCCUGAGGCGGCUCAGCGUACCGGCGCGCCUAACGCCCCCUGCGCUACCGUCGUCCUCGCCGCCUCGUCGGGACCUCUCGGGCGAGGGCUGGUCCGAGGUGCCCGCAUCGCUGAGGGAGUCGGCGAGCACCGAGAACCCGGGACUGCUGGAACAGAGCCUCGACCGGAUGGCUCGCAGGUUGCUGCUAAAGUCUCGCUCCCUGGAAGAGGAGCCAACGACGGGCGGUUCCGUCGUCUGCUACAACGACAUCGGCAGCAAGGAGGCCGUCGACUACGAGGAGUCGCUCUCGUCGCCGGGCGCCCUGACGCCCGAGAGCGACGACCCGAGCGAGGAAGACGCCGAGACGGUGAGGAUGCAGUACCGGCAGCUGUGGCAGCUCAGGGCCACCUUCGAGGAAGAGGAGACCACCACCGACUGCUUCGAAGAGCUGUCCACCGCCGACGCCGCGUCGCACGUCGUCGAGGGCGAAGAAGAGGACCGGCGGCUGCUGCAGCAGCACCGCAACACUGGAUUCAGCACGUCGCAGGAGUCCGAGGCCACCGACGAGCAGCAGGCCAGGCCGUCCGGCGGAAGGGUACCCGGAGUGCCCAGCGAGGUGCGGCGUCAGAACUACAAGGUCCUGCUGGCCCGCCGGCUGCAGCGCCGGGUCGACAAAGGUUCGGCGGACAACAGUUUCGACAGCAUGGAGACUGACUGUUCCUCGACGGACGCCAGUCGGACCGAGGGCGGCGUGACCACGUCCUCGUUCGACUCGACGACCGACAAUACGGACGGCGGUGGCGGCGGGACCAGCGGAGCGGACGCCCAGGGGCACGCCUCCCGGCUUCAGCAGAUGAAGGCCGACAGCGGCUACAAGUCCAUGGAGAGCAGCAACGGCAACAAGCCGGCCAAACUGAGCCGGAAGCACGUUCCGCUGCAGGAGCUUCACGCCGCUUCCGCCGGGAGCAGCAGCGGAGCGUCGUCUUCCAGGAGGUCGGCGCUCCGCAAGCGACGCCAGCUGGAAGGCGGACUCCUGCAGAUGAGGGCCCGCUCCGAAGAGGCGCCCCCGUCGUGCUCGUCCAACCUAACCUCGGGCCUGACAGCAGCCGAGGCGGCCGAGGCCCUCCAGUCUUCGAGCCUCUCCUCCGAACCUCUGGGAUCUCUGCAGCAGGACGCCCAGGGCAAGGUGUCCGUGUUCCAGAGGUUCUUCCGCUCCACGCGCCGCACGAGCAGCGCCCGUUCGGCCUCGUCGGGAAACAACAGCGGUUCGGGUUCGAAGCGCCUGCUGAUGCGCGAUUUCAGCAUCGACCCAAAGACUGACGCGCUGUUUCGCGAGUUCUCGAGGCGGGACCCAGCGUACGACUCCCCGCGAAGCUGCUCUUCCUCGGGCCAGGGUGCGAGCCCGAGGCUCGGUUCUUCCAAACUGCUCUCGCCGCAGCUCAGCAUCGAGGAAGAGGAAGGCUCGGAGGACUCGCACUCCGCCAUGGAGGACGACUGGAAGCCUCAGGGACCCUGCUGCGACGUGCCCAUCGCUAGGUUACCGACGGACUAGACAGGCGCGAACCUGUCACGCAGUGGGUGCCCUUGUGACUUGCCCUUGGAAGGAUCGGUGAUUCGGUGUGCUUUUCUGUUCGCGUUCAACUGCGCAUGCCUUCCUAGCGAGAAUUCGUUGAUGGGGAAGCCUGGCUCGAUGUGUAAAUCUUCCCGAGAGCCACGCGACACCUGGAACGCUUUAAAAGUGUCGCACACGCUCGCGCGUAUAUCUGUAAAGCGGUGAGCCAGUUUCCUCUCGAUGAAUUUUACUUCACAGCAGUUUUCAUAAGAAGCUACGGCUUCACGAGAAAGGAAGAAUGAUGACAUCCCAUCGGUCUGCAUUCAUAGCGCGUAGGUGACCGACUGCUAGGGUUCACGUAACAGUGCCUGCUGUUGCUGAUGCGUGCGCUUCAGACCAUCGUUGCAAACUGCCUUGGCGGCGCGCACGGAAUAUUCGAGGCAUUUGUAAUGACCGGAACGGUACGACGUUGCAGUCGUCAUUCGUCGCUAGGAUGCGCCCGAGGUGUCAUAAUGUGCAUUGCAUUUCGUGUGUGUUGCCAUGCAAGUUUUCACACUGGAGCCUCUAGGUGCAAUUCUGGGUUUCUAUCAGCCCUACGAGGGGAAAUUUCGCAGUCAUCUGACGGUUGUCCGUGAGCACAGUCGAACAUGCUUUCGACGCAGAUGCAGAGAAUUCGCGCCGGCUUUCAGAGGUGCCACUUUCUUCGAUAUCAGUGGUACAAAUGCGUGUAUAGGAAAUCCCCUUACACCGUUAGAAGUAUUCGUUUGAUCGCAGCCACAUUUCUGUUAAACCUCUUUGAUGUCCUCCGCACAUGCUAGCGCGACUUUUUACACCGCGGACUCCUAGCUUAAGCCUUUGUUAAUUUUGUCAAUGAGCCUUGUUUGACAAUGUGAUAUAGGACGACCUCAUGACGAGUAGAUAUAUCUAAAGAAAAAGGCCUUUGUAGUACCUCGUUAACCGAGGCAACUGUUUUGUUCACUUGACCAACCUUACAAGCUAUGGCGUGCUCUUGGGAGACAUCAGCACGAAGAUCAUGUAACACGGGAGUUUCUUUUUCUUUGCAUAAUACUCAAGACAGCCGUUGAUCGAAAUAGUCGUUUGUAUGUUAAUGAACGGUCAUAGCACGUGAAGGCACUUUGUAAUCCUACUUUCAUUGUGUUGACCAGACUAGAGCAACGCUUCAUGCUAGCUCCGCUCAAUGACCCGGCUAGAUGUUUUGCAUAACACCGCAUAAGGACUCGCCAUACCCCGACCGUGGUCGGUAGAGCAGAAGGCCCGCGCUGGCCUUACGGAAGUCGCGAAUCAAAUGUAAAUACUUUUUACUUUAUCUCAGCUAUAGUUGUUGUAGUAAGCGACCCUUCUUUAUCGACCACGUUAAACAUAUAGCGCACCAACAAGUCGGGAAAUCCUCUCUGUUUUAGGGAGAGGCCUUUCUUAACUGCUCGACCACCGCGACGACGACUGGCUGCUGUAACCACAAGUCGUUUCAUUUCCUAUGUGCGAUAACCGGCAGAAUGUUAAGGGGGCCCUGAAAUAAUCGCGACUCGGGAUAUUAUCGAACUUUAAUUUUCGUAGUCUCAUUGAUUUUGUUAAGUCAAGGUAGAGAGGCUCUUCAGUGGAAAACUGGAGAUGCUUUGCAUGGUGGCACGCUUAGCAGGCUACUCCAGGUGAAUGCGAUGAAGAAAGGAUAUUCACAAGAUGUGCGAAAGACACGUGACAUACGCGCAACAUAACAGAAUUAGCAUAGUAUUUAACUGAGCUUGUUCGUUCAUAGCGCAGAGAAAUUUUGAACAGCUGAACAAAGGGCUAUGGAAGACAGACGAUGCUUAGCACUUUGUUUUUAGUUCAGCUGUUCAAAACUCGUCUUAGAUACAGAAUUUGAGUGUUUCGUUAAGGCCAGUGUCUUUCGGAGAAGUUAAAACUGCCUUCAUAAUUGUUAUUGUGCGUUCGAGCCAUCGUUGGCUGAACUAUGCAUAAGAGAAUACAGCACUCGCCGAUGCGAACAGGCGUAAGAAAGUAGAUAAAAGAAGGCGUGGUGUUGCCCUCAAUAAAGCUAGGUAUUUCAGUUUUCUACCCCUCUUUGCGCACUCUUCUAACACCCGGGUAUCGGGAUUCUUCCUCUUAUGUUAAUGGUCAUUACAACCGUGAUUGGCCGGUUUCUUUACACAGUAACAUAAGCAGGCUCAGGACCAAACAGAAAAAAAAAAAAAAGCAGAGGUGCAGCGUGUUUUUCCUCGUAUGGCCAAGGGACGGGCAUUUAAGAAUUAAUGAUACGGUGGAUGUAAUAAGGCGUUUCCUUAUAUACUAUAUAUACCGCUUUGGACACCCUUUUGACACCCAAGUGCACUCCCUAAACGCGCUAACAAAUUGUGGACCCUUACGCUUUGCGAUUUUCCAAUAGUUUCACGCCCGUUAUUUCUCAGUGAUGAGGAGCCUGGAGUGCAGGGUUUCACGACUGUAGUGCCAAUGCUCAAGUAGUACUUUCGUCAGCAGGGGUCCUUAGAGUGCACGAAGCUGCAGUCGCUUAUCGGCAAUAUUAGUGUACGUAAAACGUAAAAGUUUGCAGUGAGAAACUAGGUGCAUUGCCAAGUCCUUUCGGAGCUGACUUACAAACUGGAAGAAACAGUAUUUAAAUCCCGAGGAGAUCGUGGUGUGUUUUUCGAAUUGUACAACUUUCCUGAUUAGUGCUAAGCUUUUAGCACCCUUUUGGUUGCUAGGGGAGUAAAGCGCCUAUUAACACCCUCCUAAUGUGUCAGCACUAGGAAAGUGUUACGCGCUCUAAAGAAGCCGCUUGCCUAUACAGCACUUGCUCCACGGGCUCCCGCGUUCGUACCAUCUAGGGGGCUCGUGGAGACGGGAUUUCCGGGAAACAUUAUUGAACAGAGAAAACUGCAGCUUUGACGAAAAUUUAAGAAAAAAAAAACUAUUUCAGGGCCCCCGUUUAAAGCUUUGCAUAAUACUCUCAGCUGUAACGCAGUACAACACGCUAGUCUCGGUUUUACGGCUGAUCGUAGAUGAGUUUAAGCUUACCACUGCAGUUCGUGUUCCCGGAGCAAUUUUUUUUUUCCCGUGAGGUUUUUCUGGCAUGUAAAGUGUUUCUGACCCCCGCGAAAAACAACGUUGUAAAGAGAGAGAGAGAGGGUUUGUGUGGUUGAGAAGACCGUGCCUGCAGCGAGUUUUAAAUGUUUCGCUUUUACUGACGCAGCCAACGCGAAGAAUGUUCUGGCCAAAAUUUGGGUUUCACUGCACGUGACGCGAUAGUGUCUUUCGCGAGUGUGGUGUCCUUGGGGAGCCCAGAGUUGUGCAGUUUUCAGAGCCUUAUAUAUAUACAUAUUGGUUUGAUUUUACGAGAAAGAAAUGUUUGUACAGUUGGGUACGUUUUAUCUGGUUGCAGGAGUGGACGUUUGUUCAUUUGUGAUAAAGAUGGCUCGGAGGACCCGUUUAUAUAGGAUGCCUGUUACAUUAUAGUUAGCUCUUAAAUUGACAGUGUUUCUCGUUGAAGAUAUUUUUUUUUCUCUCGUAGCUCUUGCUGCCUUAAAAAACUUGCUUCGGCUUGUUUCGUUGAAAAGUUUUUUCGGACUUGUGCUCUGUGCUUUCGAUGUGGUCACGAUUGAGCGGCUAUUGGCGACCUCUGGCGGGACAUUCAUUUCCAUAAAAGGCUCCUUUACUCUCGUGUGCUACGCGAACAUACAAGAGUGCUCGCUUGUAGUCGGGAAAAUACAGGUAAGAUCUUCGAUGUCCUCAUGCCGCGACGGGUGAUAAUCGUGUGUUAUGUGAAAGAACCAAAGAAAAAAAACUGAUUGUGCCACACACGUCGCAGUAGUUGCUUAUUCUAUUCAAAUUCCGACAGGUGUCGCUCGUAUCCGAGUGACAUAUUGCCGUCUGAUGCACAAAGUUUUGAAACGUGUCGUCUUGACUAGAGAAUUGCCGUUGUGUCAUCGGAUUCCGCGACGAUUUCUUGACGAGCUGGAAGCCCUGAUGUUCUCUCUGUAGUUCGAGAAUCUAAGAGAGCUCAAACACGCACAAGUCAUUCGCGAACCAUACGCUAGGCUCCGCCUGUAUAACACGUGUCACGUACUGUGAAGAACCAAGGUUCACCGUGGUGAUUGUGCUGAGGAAGUGUGUGACAUGUGUAUAAGGCUGUUAUUCAAUCCGCACCGCGACGUUAAAUUGAUGCCAGACGAUCGGAGCCCUAUGAGAUACCGGACGU